GGAUGGCCAGGAGGGCCGCAGGAGUAGAAAGGACGCUUCACCAUGGAAUAUGAAGUCAAGAAAGGGAAAAAGGGCCCGCUCCUAAGGCUGAUGUUCCCGAAGGCUGGGCGCAGAGCAGCCUUCCGGAGCAGUGUGAGCCGCCGGCCCCUGCACUCCAUGCCCCUUUAUCCCCCUGACUAUCUCAUCGACCCCCAGAUUCUGCUGUGUGACUACCUGGAGAAAGAGGUCAAGUUUCUGGGCCACCUCACCUGGGUAACCUCAUCACUGAACCCCUCCAGCCGGGAUGAGCUCCUGCAGCUGCUGGACACUGCCAGGCAGCUGAAGGAGUUGCCGCUGAAGACUACAGCGGAGCAGGACAGCAUCUUGAGCCUGUCCGCCCGCUGCCUGCUGCUCACCUGGCGCGACAACGAGGAGCUCAUCCUGCGUAUCCCCACCCACGAGAUCGCCGCCGCCUCCUACCUGCAGGACGAUGCUCUGCACUUGCUGGUGCUUAAGACAGGUCUGGGCGUGGACCCUGUGCCGGCCGGUGUGGACGCCAGCCCCGGCGGGGCAGGGCGCGACCCGGGCCCGCCGGGCGCGGCCCCGGAGAAGCGGCGGGUGGGCACCACAGAGCGGCGUCACACCAUCUGCAGCCUGGACUGGAGGAUGGCGUGGGGCGGGGGCGCGGGCGCGGAGGCCCGGGCGGGCGGCGGCGGCGGCGGCAGCCUGGAGCGACAGCGCGCCGGGGCGCGGGCGUCCGGCAGCUGGGAGCGGCGGCAGACGUUCAGCGGCAGCUGGGAGCGGCGGCACGGCGGCGGCGGCGGCGGCGCUGGCAAGCCAGGUGGCAGCUGGGAGCGGAGGCAGGCGGGCGGCGGCGGCGGCGGCAGCUGGGAGCGGCGCCACCCUGGCUCCAACCCCCUGGACCCGCAGGACUCCAGCCCCGACGCCUACUGCAACCUCGUCAUCUUGGCUGUGGCCAACAGGGAUGCUGCCGAGGAGUCCUGUGCCCUCAUCUGUCAGGUCUUCCAGAUCAUCUAUGGGGACCAGAGCAUCGAGUGCGUGGACCGGGCUGGCUACCACUACACAUCCACGCCUGAACGGCCAUGGCUUUGCAGCCGCAGUGAGAGCUGCCGAACCGACGGGACUUACGCCUAUGAUGCCGACUUCAGCUGCUGCAGCUCUUUCAAUGGCUCCCAGGACACAUUCGAAGCAUGUUACAGCGGCACGUCCACACCCUCUUUCCAUGACUCCCACUGCAGCGGGAGUGACCACAGCGGCCUGGGCCUCGAGCAGUUGCAGGACUACAUGGUCACGUUGCGGAGUAAGCUGGGGCCCCUUGAGAUUCAGCAGUUUGCGCUGCUGCUGCGGGAGUACCGGCUGGGGCUGCCCAUCCAGGACUAUUGUUCAGGGCUGCUGAAGCUCUAUGGAGACCGGCGCAAGUUCUUCCUCCUUGGGAUGCGGCCCUUCAUCCUGGACCAGGACAUUGGCUACUUCGAGGGCUUCCUGGAGGGCGUGGGCAUCCGCGAGGGCGGCAUCCUCACCGACAGCUUCGGCCGCAUCAAGCGCAGCAUGAGCUCCACGUCGGCAUCGGCCGUGCGCAGCUACGAUGGCGCGGCUCAGCGGCCGGAGAAGCAGACCUUUCACCGGCUGCUGGCUGACAUCACGCACGACAUUGAGGCGCUGGCCCCCGACGAUGACAGCACAGACGAGGAGGCCCGGGGCUCCCCAGGCGGGAAUGAGGCAACCGAAGACAACUACUUGUAGCCUGUGGACGCAGCCCAGGCAGAAGGCAGGAGACCGUGGCCGUAACCUCGACUGAAUCUCACUCAUUCUGGCCUGGGGGAGUGCCCACCCCUCCUCCCCACCCAGCCUCCUUUCCCUUACCUCAAUCCUGCCCUUAUGACCCUGGUCCCUGCAGUACGGAGAAUGUCCGGCAGGGGAUGGGCCCUAAAGUCUGGGGCAGUCGCUUGGGGCUCAACUAGCCCCUCUGGCGGCCAGACAGGGUCAGCGUCCUCCUUUGUCCCCUUAGCCCGGGGACUGCGCACCAGGACACCUCCUCCUCCCUGGACUGCGCAGCUUUCUUACGGCCACGAGAGGGGCGCUGAGUGGGCUCCACCUGCUGGCCGACUGAGAGAAGAAUUCCCAGAGCCCAGAGACCUCUGUUUCUCCUACUCCCUAGCUUUAAAAGUGGGAAAUGGCCCUGGCCAGUUUGGCUCAGCGGUUAGCGCGUCAGCCUGUGGCCCAGAUAGACCCGGGUUCGGUUCCCGCUAGGGGCGC